AUGUCCUCCUAUUGGGCCAGAAAAGCUCAAUCUUACAAUUCUUCGGGGAAACAAAGCCGAUAUUUCAGCAAACAAACGCGGCCCUCAACACCAGCAACACCACCACCGCCGCUCGGACCACUGCUCAAGUCCCUCCGUGUUAACGACCUCGACAAUGAUCCCAACAACCAACACUCGGCCACCAUCCAAGACUGCAAAGCAAACCCCCCCCUGUGGUCCCCACCCCCCAACCCACCCCCUCAACUCCGCGAAGACAGCGGCACCUACCACCGCGACCGCAACGCCGCUCGCUAUCCCCAGCACCCCCUCGAGCCUACACUUAUCACCUGCUUGCGCACCACGGGCAACCUCAACCCAUCUCUCAUCUCUUCGCUGGACAUUGUUGCAUGCAGCAGCACGCUCGGCAACUUACUCCGCUUCGUGCGCGGACAGGACAAGACGUUUCGCAUUUUGGUCGAGAAGGUGGGCACCACGGUGUUUUUUGUUCGGAGGGAGAACUCCCCGACGGAAACGAUUCCGGACGUGAGGGGGUACGGACAUGCGUUUCCGGAGGCGUACACGAUGUGGGAGCGGGAGGCAAAAGGGAGUAGCUCGCAUCAGAGAGUCAUUACGUACCGGUUUGGAGGGUUGAAGUUGCUGGUGAGGUUUGAGGCUGAUGGGUACAUGAGGGAUGAGGUCGGGGGUGCGGAUGGUAUUGGUACCGUGAAAGUUGGCGAGGAUGAGAGUGACAACCAAGAUGUGGACGGGCUGUUUUCGUCUCUCAAGAUCUCUGCCUCUUCCUCUUCCUCUAACAGUGACUCCUCGGCAAUCUCGCAAGUCAACAGCAAAGCAUCCUCUGCCCCGACCCUCACCAUCAAAGAAAGCCCCAACUCCCUAGUACCCCAAUCCCAAAUCUUCGACCUCAAAACCCGCUCCAUCCGCGCUCGUGGCGUCAAAGAUACUCUCUCUGAAGAGCUACCUCGGCUCUGGGUCUCUCAAAUCCCGCGCUUCAUCUUGGCUUACCACACCCGCGGGCUAUUUCAAAGGGAAGACAUGGAGAUCAAGGACGUUCGAGAAGACGUCAAGCGGUGGGAGAAGGAGCAAAAGCAGGCAUUGACGAAGUUAGUCGGACUUUUGAAGUGGAUCCGGGAGGUCGUCGACGAGAUAGAAGGAAAGAAGAUGGAAGUCGUGCACCGAGAAGAUGCGAUCGGUAUCCUGGAAAUAAGAGAGCAGGGAUGGCCGGCUGAGAAGCUGUCCCUGGACGGAUGGAAGGAUGGAAGUGAUGACGAAGAGGGGAAGAAGAAGAAAACCGACAUAAUUAAGGGCGACAAGGUGAUGUCGGAUGCUAUCAGAACUGAAUGGAUCAAUGCGCAGGAUGGGCCUGCAGAUGAGAAGUCCGAUAUACGGGAGAAGAAAAGGAAUACGAAAAUUUAUAUUGAGGAAGAGGAAGAGGAGGACGUCGACACUCAAGAGAAGGGCCGCCAGUAUGACGGCAACACGAAUGAUGAUGAUGACAAAAGUAAUAGCUGGGACAACCCCAUGAAAAACAAUUACUUUUUCAGACACGACCUUGCUCGCGAGAAGCAUGCAACCGACUCCGACGGCGAAGAAGAUGAUCCUUGGGAGUUUGACGACACAGAGCAGGACUUUACGGCGUGUUCGGAAAAGUGCGGGUAUUGUGGUCGUUGUUAGUAACUUUUU